UUGUUAUUAUGCAAACACAAUUUUCAUAAUCAUGCUUCUGGGUUUUCCUACUAAUGAGAGGUUUUCAUGGUUGGUUUCUCGUUUGCAGAGGGUCCGCUAGCUGGGCAUUGAUCGUUUGGCGCUGUAGCGUAGUUUUUAGUUCAGUUGAUAAAACUGUCAGUGUCUUCAUACAUCUUUUACCUGGGUUGGUUUUCUUCACAAUACGGUGGUGGGAUCCUGUGUUUUUUGGAUCUAUGCAUCCAGAAGGGACUCCAGAAAGAGCAUCAUGGCCUUAUGUAGAAAACCAAUCGUACCUUUGGAAAUGGUUGUGUUUUGUUCCAUUAGCUGCUUACUUUUUCUGGCAAGUUCUCUAUUGUCUCAUUGUAGAGGUCCUACGUCGACAGAGACUCUUGCGAGACCCUGAAGUUAUGACUUCUUACAGGGAGCUCUCCAAGAAAGCGAAGAAAGCGAACAACAUGUGGUGGUGUUUAAGUGGUUUGCUUGGUGAUCAGAAUCGGUUGCUUAUGUUUAUUCUCCUCCAGGCUAUAUUUACCGUGGCAACUACCCCACUCACCGUGCCCAUAUUUCUAUCAUAUAAGUUGCAUGUGGUGUACCAAAAACUUAAGGUCUCAGCAUCUGUAUGGAACGGUGGAAAUUUUCUAUUAGAAGUGAUGCCAAGACAGGUGAUUCUCAAGGAGAAGAAGAAAUCCGAGACUCGUGAUAUUAGAGUAGUAACAGUCUCUGAGUUGGAUGUUUCAUAA